CUCAAUUACCGAAAACCGCCGAUCAGACGGUCAGAGUUCUCCGCAAUGACUCUACUCACUCCUCAUCUGAUAACACUGAAGAAAGAGCAAAAAGAGAAGGAACAAAAGAGAAAGGAGAAAGUAGAAGAUCGCCACUACACAAUCAUCAAGGUAGCUCGUGAUGAAGACCUCGCUGAACAAAUUGGAAAGGAGAUGUAUUUUGAUCUUGUGGAUCAUGAUAAAGUGCAUGCUUUUCAUAUUCAGAAACAGAUGCCAUUUACUCAAUUCAAGGAUGUAGUAGCUAAGGUAUUUCGUAUACCGGUACAAUUUCAACGUUACUGGCUAUGGGCAAAACGUCAGAACCAUACUUAUCGGCCUGAUCGUGCAUUGACAGUUCAAGAUGAAGUUCAAUCCGUUGGUCAAUUGAGAGAAGGAAAUACUGCUGAGCUAAAACUGUUUCUGGAAGUAGAAUUAUGCCUGGAUUUGCGACCUUUUCCUCCACCUGAGAAGACCAAGGAAGAUAUCCUUCUAUUUUUCAAAUUUUAUGACCCUCUGAAAGAGAAGAUAAGGUAUGUCGGACGGCUUCUUGUAAAAGAAAGUGGCAAGCCGCUGGAGAUAUUAACAAAGAUUAAUGAGAUGGUUGGCUUUUCGCCUGAUGAAAAAAUUGAACUUUUUGAGGAAAUAAAAUUUGAACCCAACGUUAUGUGUAAACGCAUUGACAGUAAGCGGAGUUUUCGUGACUGUGAGAUAGGAGACGGGGAUAUAAUUUGCUUUCAGAAAUCCCUUCAAAAUCAAUGCAGUGAACAAUACCGCUUUCCUCAGGUUCCUUCAUUUUUGGAGUACAUGCACAGUCUCCAGAUAAAACUAAAUAAAGAGCAAGAAGAACAGGAACAGAAGAAAAAGGAAAAAGCAGAAGCUCAUCUCUACAAAAUCAUCAAGGUAGCUCGUGAUGAAGACCUCGGUGAACAGAUCGGAAAGGAGAUUUAUUUUGAUCUUGUGGAUCAUAAUAAAGUGCACAGUUUUCGUAUCCGGAAACAGAUGCCUUUUACUCAAUUCAAGGAGGAAGUUGCUAAGGAAUUUGGUAUCCCGGUGCAAUUUCAACGUUAUUGGCUAUGGGCAAAACGCCAAAACCAUACAUAUCGUCCUAUUCGUCCAUUGACAGCUCAAGAAGAAAUUCAAUCCGUUGAUCAACUGAGAGAGGUUUCAGAUAAAGGGAAUAGUGCUGAACUAAAACUGUUUCUGGAAGUGGAUUUAUGCCUGGAUAUGCGACCUUUUGCUCCACCAGGGACGACCAAGGAAGAAAUCCUUCUAUUUUUUAAACUUUAUGACCCUCUGAAAGAGAAGAUAAGGUAUGUUGGACGGCUUUUUGUAAAAGGAAGUGGCACGCCGCUGGAGAUGUUAACGAAGCUAAAUGAGUUGGCUGGCUUUUCGCCUGAUGAAGAAAUUGAACUAUUUGAGGAAAUAAAAUUUGAACCCAAUGUGAUGUGCGAACACAUUGACAGUACUCUGAGUUUUCGCGGUAGUCAGCUCGGAGAUGGGGAUAUUAUUUGCUUUCAGAAAUCCCUUCGAAAUCAAGACAGUGACCAAUAUCGCUUUCCUGAGGUUCCUUUGUUUUUGGAGUACGUGCACGAUCUCCAGGUUAUUAAAGACAGAUUCCCUCGAAUCCAAUCCUUAGAGACGUACUUUCAGGGAAGGAAAUGAAGUUGCUGACUCUCUUGAAGGAAUGAACCGAGCCAGCAUGUUUGCUUAUAUACAAUUUCCACCAUUAUGAUCUACUUCUCAUAUGAGGAUAGAGAAGGAUGGAACAAACUUUCCUAAAUUUUUAUCAGCGGCGGCUUGUAACUAUUUGGCCUGUCUUGGUAAUUUAAGUGCUAGUAAUAGCACUAUGACUAUAACGACAAUUACUAAUACUAUUUGUACAUCUUACGUGAUUUUUAAAAUAAUAUAUAAAGCUUGUGUCAAAGCUUUUGGGUUUUCCUAA